UCGACUUAUCGCACUCGCUAUCGGUCAGCUGGUCCACCAUCACAUGACCUGUCAUAUGAAAACUUUUUCACUCUGACAGCGCUAAUCGACGUCGGGCCGUGCAAAUCGAAAACUUUUUUACACUUUUCGUUUGUAGUUUUUGUUAAUUUUUGUGCGUCCACAAAGCGAUCCAGGCAACAAAAUGUUGUGGAAAUCGCUGAUUGCGUUGUGCGUCAUUGGAGUCGCCUUGGCGGAGCAAACGCCCGUUUUUCUCUGGGGCGCCAACAGCCCCUCGAAGCCCUCGUUGCGCACAGUGCCACAGGCGGAGUUUAAAGAGCAGCUGGCGACUUUGCUGAAAGAUCACAUGGUUGUGGCCUUCGAGGAGAAUGGCUUGAGCAACAGGGACUUCAUGUGCACGGAUGCCGAGUCCAAGUCGUGCUACGCUCAGCUCCAGGGUGUGAGCCCCAAGACCUAUUACACCAGCGUGGAGAAUCCCUCCGAGGCUCUGCGUGCUGCCGCCCAGAAGCGUGAGCACAACAGCAUCGAUGCCCAUGGUCAGCUGGUGCAUCCCAUCAAGUGCGAUGUGGGAUCAGCUAUCUUUGUGUCCUUCGAGGAUGCUGCCGAUACACGCGCUUCCACUCUGCAGUCACAUGACAAUGCUAUUGCCGCUAUCAGCCAGCAGUUGGAGUGCAAUGUGGCUUAUCUGUAUCUGGCUGCUCCAUCAACUGCAGCAACUGUGCAGCGUCGUGUGCGUCGUUGGACUGCGAAUGAGGUGGAUGGCUACAGAUUCAUCAGUGGCAAUCAGUUUCAAAUCACCUUCACCGGUGUCAAGUACAACCAGCAAGCGCUUACGGUCUCAGCCAUGUCCAUUACCAACUCAACUACACCCAACACCAAAUUCAGUGUGUCUCUUACAACCAGCGAUGCCGGCAAAGCCAUCACCUUCGAUAUCGUUUAUAGCUCAGAUGGUUACUAUAAUCUGACCAAUGCGGCCUACGAUGGCCAAGUAUUCCGUACACCUGGACUCAAUGCACCCACCACCUUCUCCUUUGCCUGCGGCAACAUGACCUGGUACACGAAACCCACUACAUCGAACAAGGUCAACACGCUGACAUGGAGCUCACUGCAGUUCCAGGCACCGUUCAGUGCCAAGGCCAAGGAAGGCUUCAUCUUUGGCGAUUCCUGGGAUUGUGUUGGCUUUGUCACGCCCGGCAUUCUGAUGGGUCUGUUUGUGGUUGUGCUUCUGCUGGUAAUUGUGUUCCUUGGUCUGUGCUGGAUGAUGGACAUCAAGACAAUGGAUCGGUUCGAUGAUCCCAAGGGCAAGACCAUCACGAUCAAUGCCGGUGCUGAAUAAGCAGCUUAACUUAUUUCAUUGCGUCAUGUUUUCAGCAUCAUUUAAUGCCACAUUUGAAAACUGUGCGUAUAUUCAAUAUUCAUUCCUACCUUCAGCAACAUAAUAUGUUAUCGAUAUAAUACUUAAACAAUACCUAUAACAAAAACUUAAACAAAAGAAAAAAAAAAAUCAGGAAAUUAGCGCUCACAAUCUAUAGAUCAUAUAUGUUGUAUAUUGAAUGCAUAUGUAAACAAUUUUCGCCCCCAAAGGUCGAGUUUGGGCGGAGGAGCACGCUCAGCAUCAAAUUCCCACCACCUCAAAACACACGUGACUCCCCUCGCCACACACUCACCUUUGUGGCCGAUAAAUUGUCAAACGACUUGUUGUUGUUGUGUUGCUUGCAACGACUUUGUUGAGCUCUGUGGCUGCUACAUUUGGUGGCAGUAUUUCCUUUAAGUUUAAUAUUCGAAAGAUAUGCACAAAAACUAACGAAAAAAGACGCACAGUGUAUGUGUGUGUGUAAAAGAUUGUAUAUGAGUGUGUGUAGAUGCAAUUGUUUAAUUCUAAGCGUUUUUUUUAUUUUAGUUAUUGUUUAUCAGUAUGCGAACAUUUAUAAUUUAUGCCCUUGUAUGAUAACUUAUCAUUUAUGUACUGUACACACUGUUCCGUUAUCUAUGCGAAACUCCAGCGCCCAAAUAAAGUUUUUCAAUUGUUUUACAAACAUA